CUAAAACAACGAGAGGAGAAAGCGAGAGAGAGAGAGAGAGAGAGAGAGACAAGGCGGAAGAAAUGGCGGAGAUGUCUUACCUUCAGAUCCACGACGCAAACGAUGCCGUUUUGACCCAUUUUAACCGUAACCACCACCAACGCCGGCAACACCACCAACCGCUCUCUCAGAUCCUCGAUUCGCUCCCUCACUGGGUCCAAUCCGACGACGACGUCGAUCUCUACGUCUCUCAAUCCGAUUUCGCUUCCGAGUUCGACGUCUCGGCCGCCGGAGGUCUUGAUCUGCUCGAGAGGCGAAGCUUCGUCAUGGAUUUGUUCCACCAGCGCGUUGAGCAAUCUCAGGUAAGCCCGCUUGGUGACGAUUACGAGAGUGCGGGUUCAGAUUCUGGUUUUGGUGUGGUAGAGGGAGAUCGCGACAUGCGCGUGGGUAGUUUGGCACUUCUUGAUUUUGGGUUAGGGUUAGAAUCUGGUAGAGGCUUUGUUGAUUGUGAUGAUGAAGAAGACGAUUUGUUUGAUGGGAUUAGAUAUUUAGGAAUGGAUUCUGGUGAUGUUAGGGUUACAGUUGAAUCUGGUUUUGAUUCUGAUGUUGAAGAAGAUGAUCCAGAGAAGGAGAUCUGGGGAGUUGAUUUGAAUGAAGAAGAUGAGUAUGUGAAUGAUGAUGAUGAAGAAGAAGAAGAUGAUAGUGUGACGAUCCCUCUUUGUUGGGAUUCGCUUAAUUUGGAAGACAAUGAGGAGUUCGAGUGGGAAGAAGUUGAUGGUGAUGGUGAUGGUGAUGAGAGGGAGGUUUCAGCAGAAGGUGAUGAUAACAACUCUGUUUCAGUCUCCGUCUCUGCUACAAUCUCUCAAGAGGAUUUAGCAAUAGGUGAGAGGAGAGGGUAUCUAGGAUGGGAAGUUUUGUUGAACUCUCGUAGUCUCGAGUUCAACCUAGACGACGCAGAAAGCAACAUGGAGUUAUACAUUGGCGGUGAUAUUGAUCAACAAGAAGAAGACGAUGAAGAUUAUCUUCAUACGACCGAGUAUGAGAUGUUGUUUGAGGCUGAGAUCUCAUCUGGUCUUGGUAAGCCUCCAGCUUCCAAAUCAUUCAUAAAGAAUCUCAAAGUCUCUCCUUUGACCAAAGAGGAUGUUACGGAGGAGGACGAUGAUGAUGCCAUGUGUUGCGCUGUUUGCAGAGAAGAGAUGAGUGUUGGGAAUGAGGUUGCAGAGUUGCCUUGUAGACACAAGUACCAUGGUGAAUGUAUUGUUCCAUGGCUUGGGAUUAGGAACACGUGUCCGGUUUGUCGUUUUGAGUUGCCUUCAGAUGAGACUGAGCAGAGCCGGUUUUGAAUACCCCUGAAAAAUUAGGGUUUUACAAUAGAAGAAGAUGAUGUUGACUUUGUUUGUGAUUAAUAACAUGAUAAGCUGACUUGUAUUGUGUUUGGUCUAAGAGAAUACAUUGCUUAUAUUUACAAAUUUUUAUAAAAUA